CUCGCUGGUGCCCGGGUUAAGCCGAGGCACGUGUGCAGUCCCGGAAGCGGCUCCGAGAAGCCACCCUGCACGCGCAGCCGUGGGAAUCGCAGCCCUCCGGGUCGGGUCCAGCUGGACCAUGGAACCAUUGCUUGAGCCCGCCCCCCAGCCUGGGACCCGCUGGCUUCGGCUUCUGCUUCUCCCCCUGCUGCUGCAACUGUCCAUCCCGGAGCUGGGCCCGAGCCAGGCCCAAGCCGAGGAGACCGACUGGGUUCGCCUGCCCAGCAAAUGCGAAGUGUGUAAAUACGUCGCUGUGGAGCUGAAGUCAGCCUUUGAGGAAACUGGCAAGACCAAGGAGGUCAUUGACACAGGCUAUGGCAUCCUGGAUCGAAAGGCUUCCGGCGUCAAAUACACCAAGUCGGACUUGCGAUUAAUCGAAGUCACUGAGACCAUUUGCAAACGGCUCCUGGACUACAGCCUACACAAGGAGCGGACUGGCAGCAACCGGUUUGCCAAGGGCAUGUCAGAGACUUUUGAGACCCUACACAACCUGGUACACAAGGGGGUCAAGGUGGUGAUGGACAUCCCCUAUGAGCUGUGGAACGAGACCUCUGCAGAAGUGGCUGACCUCAAGAAGCAGUGCGACGUGCUGGUGGAAGAGUUUGAGGAGGUGAUUGAGGACUGGUACAGAAACCACCAGGAGGAAGACCUGACCCAAUUCCUCUGCGCCAACCAUGUGUUAAAGGGCAAGGACACCAGUUGCCUAGCAGAGAAGUGGUCUGGCAAGAAGGGCGACACAGCCACCCUGGGAGGAAAGAAGUCCAAGAAGAAGAGCAACAGGGCCAAGGCAUCUGGGGGCGGCAGCAGCAAACAGAGGAAGGAGCUGGGUGACCUUGAGGAAGAUCCCAGCCCCGAGGAGGAUGAGGGCAUCCAGAAGGCGUCUCCCCUCACACACAGCCCCCCCGAUGAGCUUUGAGCCUAACCCAGCAUCCCCUGAACCAAGGCCCCUGGCGUGGGAGUUGAAGACUCCGGGGGCCUGGCUCUGGCAGGCGAAGACAGACCAUCCGGCCUCCGGUCCUCCCUGCUCCGCUAUGUCUUCUUCUCGUCGGGGAAAGACACAACCCUGGGAAGAACUCGUAUCAGCUGCCGUCAGCCCGCGCCAGCCUUUUCUCUCUGGCAAGCAUUUCUGUCCUGUCAAGGCUUCAGGCAGGCCGUGCGAUUUCAGGACUGCUGGGGACUCCAGAGUGAAUUCAGGGGGGGCGGGUGUUGCUGGGUCCCAGGACUGGAGCCCUCUGGAGCCUGAGGGGAGGGCACACCUGGCCUUCAUCUCCCCUCACUCCUGCCCCCGCAGGCAGACAAGACUACAGGCCCCAGCUCCUCCUCUCUGCUCACCCUCCUGUGGACACCUUGUGCUCUGCCUGAUCCUCCCCAGGGUUCACAGAGUAAAAACCUUUUGGCCUUUUUUGUUCUGAUUUCUGAGUCACCUUCAGCCCCUCACAGGGGCCUGGAGUCCCCUGUUGCUCUUCUCUGCCCCUCACCUUCCAAGCCUU